AUGGCUGCGAGUUUUGAUUCGAAACUGAAUAUUUCGCAAGGACAAGGAUUUCUUACUUUGUUAUCCAUUGAUUUUUGGACUGUUAAAAACAUAACUGGGCGUCUUCUUGUCGGGCUUCGUUGGUGGAAUUUUGUUGAUGCUGAGGGUAACAAUCAUUGGCGAUACGAAUCAGCAAAGGAUACUUCCCGUUUUGAUGUUUUGGAAAGGCGAAUUUUUUGGGGUGCUUUGGUUGCAGCACCAGCUGUGUGGAUGAUGCUAGUUUGCAUUGCUUUCGUGACACUGAAAUGGGAAUGGAUGGUGGUAGCUAUAAUGGGUCUAUUAAUGAACGGAGCAAAUUUAUAUGGCUAUUUGAGAUGCAGAUGGGGAACUACUAAUGAAUUCACCAAUUAUGUAUCCAAGAUGGCAUUCUUUUCAGUCUUGUCAAAAUCAGAUGAGGCCCAAUCAAAUCGACAGUUAUCGCAAAUUGUAUAG